AUGUCGAUCGCCUCAAGUCUCUACGGUAUCAGCGGUACCAUCCUAUCCAACCUCUUCAUCAAUCUCCCUUAUCCCGAAACAAAAGAUGACUUGUCCGACAAAAUCAUGAUCGUCACCGGCUCCAACACAGGCCUUGGCUUCGAAGCCAGCCAACAUCUUCUCCGCCUUGGAGUCGGUAAACUCAUCAUGGCUGUUCGUAGCGUUGACAAGGGCGAAAAGGCUCGAAAGGAGCUCCUCCAGUUGACGAAGCGAUCUCCAGAGUCCAUUGAGGUUUGGCAUCUUGACAUGGCGAGCUACGAAUCUGUCAAGUCAUUUUCUGCUCGGGCGAUUGCCGAGCUGCCCACCAUUGAUGUCGUCCUAGCCAAUGCUGGCCUUGCAACAUCUGACAAGUUCUCAAUGGCUGAGGAUAAUGAGAGGACCAUCACAGUCAACGUCAUCUCGACUUUUCUUCUCUUCUUUCUUCUUCUCCCAAAACUUCAGAAGUCUUCAUACCCUGGCAAAUUCGUCAUUCCCAACUCGGCAACGCAUUACUGGGCCCCCAUCAAAGAGCUGAUCCCCGAUGAGAAAGCUGACAAGAUCUUCUCACGACUCAACAAUCCUGAAAAGUCCAUCAUGGAAUCUCGAUACUACGUCAGCAAACUCAUCGUUCUUUACAUCACCCGUGAGAUCGCAGCUCGUCUCAGCGCCUCCGAGAAGACAAGUGUCAUCAUCAAUGCGCCGAACCCAAGCUACUGCAAGUCUGGUCUUCUCCGCGAGAAGCAAGAGUCUACGCCACCAGAUUUUAUGGCUCGGUCAACAGAAAUGGGCAGUCGUGCGCUUGUCGCUGGAGUCCUCGCUGGUCAGGAAAGCAACGGACAAUACAUUAAUAACUGUCAAGUUCGCGAUCCCGCUUGUCAUGUCACGAACAAGACUGGCGCAAAGAUCCAGACUGCGCUGUAUGAAGAGCUGGUAGACAAGCUGGAAAUCGUCGCCCCAGGAGUUUCUAAGAACAUGUAG